AUCGCCUUCCAUAGGUCAUGGCUGGUGUGUGUUUGUGUGCGUGUGUAUCGGGGGGCCCGGGGUGGUCUAUCGUCCCUGCACGGCGGGCCAGCCUCUCUUUCCAGACGCCUGGCUCUGACCGCGCGAGUGUCCGCUUCCGAGCUUGUUGGGGACGGGCCGAGCUCCGAGGCGCGGCGGCGCUUGCGCACGUGUUAGGAGGAGCGCGGUAGUGAUGGCGGCGCUCUGUGAGACUUCCCUGUCACUGGCUACUACGACUCCCAGCCCUCCUCCGAGCCGCCGGAGCAGAGCCCCGGCUCUCUAGUUUACAAGUGGCAAUUCGACUUGCUCUGCUGCAUGUCCGGGGGGACCGUGCCAAGUGCGGAGCCGCGCCGGGGACCCAGCGAUCGCAGCUCGAGAAGCCCCGGAGCCCGAGCCGCCAGCCCAGCCCGGCCGCCCGGCCAACAUGCGGCCGCUGGAGAGGGCGAGGAAAGAGUGGUUCAUGGUCGGGAUCGUGCUGGCCAUCGCCGGCGCCAAGCUGGAGCCGGCCGUGGGGGUGAACGGAGGGCCACUGAAGCCAGAAAUCACUGUCUCCUACAUUGCCGUCGCAACAAUAUUCUUUAACAGUGGACUCUCAUUAAAAACGGAGGAGCUGACCAGUGCGUUGGUGCAUAUAAAACUGCACUUGUUCAUUCAGAUCUUUACGCUGGUGUUCUUCCCAGCAGCAAUCUGGUUUUUCCUUCAGCUCUUAUCAGUCACACCCAUCAACGAAUGGCUUCUCAAGGGUUUGCAGACAGUGGGCUGCAUGCCUCCCCCGGUGUCGUCUGCCGUGAUCCUAACCAAGGCAGUGGGCGGAAAUGAGGCAGCUGCAAUAUUUAAUUCCGCCUUCGGAAGUUUUUUGGGCAUCGUGAUAACGCCGCUGCUCCUGCUGCUUUUUCUUGGCUCGUCCUCCUCUGUGCCUUUCACCUCUAUCUUCUCUCAGCUUUUCAUGACCGUGGUGGUGCCCCUCAUCAUCGGACAGAUGGUCAGGAGGUACAUCAAGGACUGGCUGGAGAGGAAGAAGCCUCCUUUCGGCGCCGUGAGCAGCUGCGUCCUCCUCAUGAUCAUCUAUACCACGUUCUGCGACACCUUCGCCAACCCCAACAUCGACCUGGACACACUAAGCCUUAUCAUCAUCCUCUUCAUCAUAUUUUCUAUACAGCUGAGUUUUAUGCUUUUAACCUUCAUCUUCUCAACCAGGAAUAAUUCGGGUUUCACACCAGCAGACACUGUGGCUAUCAUUUUCUGUUCUACACACAAAUCCCUCACAUUGGGAAUCCCGAUGCUGAAGAUCGUGUUUGCCGGCCACGAGCACCUGUCUCUCAUCUCCGUGCCCCUGCUCAUCUACCACCCAGUGCAGAUCCUGCUGGGCAGCGUGCUGGUGCCAACCAUCAAGUCGUGGAUGGUCUCCAGGCAGAAGGGCGUGAAGCUGACCAGGCCGACGGUAUAACGGAGCAGGCGCCCGGAUGCCGCGAUGUAGAUAUGUACAGACACGCCGUGCUGAACACGUGUAGACAUGGACUUGUGAAAGUCGCCUCGAUGCAUAUUUUAUUUUUUUACACACGUGCACACACACACACACACACACAUACACACACACGAGAGGAGAGAGAGAAAGAGCUAGAGAGAGAGAGAGAGAGAGAGAGAAAGCUGUUUAAGUGCCUUAAAAUGUCUUUGACCAGAGCAUUCUUUCCAAAAACAGACUUUGUGACUGCCAGAGGGUAGGACCGUACUUCAGUUGCCUGAUGAAUGUCUUUCCCCGCGCAGGAGACAGUUCUCAUCAGCGACAGCAGCAAACCCGCCUUCUUCCUCCCGCCUCCCUGCGUCAGGCCUCUGCCAUUGUUGCUGUACGUUGGAAACGAGGCCACACCCCCAGGAAGAGACCCUUCUGAUGCAGCGAGACUUUUUUUUUCCCCAAAGUCCUACUCACAAAUACUUUGAUUUACUGCGCGAUUCUUUUUUUUUCUUUCCCCUACCACUGUGACAUGCCUCUUCAUCAACUCAGCAGGGGGAAGAGAGUGAAGAGAUGCUUUCAAAGCCCGUUACUGGCAUUUCUUGACAUCCUGUUUUGAAACAUUCCUUCAAAAGGUUUCCACACGAAAUUCCGCCAAGUCCCAUUCCAGGAGAGCGCGGCCUUCCGCUUAUCCGAAGCGGCUUCAAAGGAAGGGUCUCAUAUUUGGGUUAGGAAUAAAGACAGGGAACUUUGGAGAUGAAAUACGGGGUUCGGUUUCGAAGGUUGUUCAAAUUAUAUUUUGUGUGGGUUUUCUUUUUCUCCCAUGAUUUUUUUUUAAAUCUUUUUAUUUUUGUUUUGUUUCAUUGGGGCGGGGGGCCACACCCAGUGGUGCUCAGGGCUUACUCCUGGCUCUGUGCUCAGGGAUCAAUCCUGGUGGUGCUCGGUGGACCAUAAGUGUUGCCAGGGAAUUGAGCCAGGGUCAGCCGCUGUAAGGCCUUUCCCAGUAUACUAUCUCUCCGGCCCUCCCGUUUCUUUUUUCUCUUACCUGUUCACCGUGGCAGACUCCACAGCCAACUGUAAGCGCAAAAAUGUUACAGUCAGUUUGAGAGCGGCCGCGCUCCAUGCUGUCUCAUGCCACACCCACCACUGAGACCCAGACGUUUCCCUGUUACUCAGAUGUGCAGAUACGCAGAUCGUCCCUCUGGAAGCAGCCUGUUACAUUCUUGAAUGAAGCACACUUAAGAGAAAGGCAGAGGAGACGCUCUAUUAACGCCGACCGCCUUGGCAGAGCUGACGCGUGGUUGCAACAUAUUUUCCCCAUUGAAUCCCACUGCUCUUAUGAAUAAAUGAAAACAAGAGGUCCUGGGUGCCAAUCAAUGUUACGCAUACACAUUCUGUCUAGCCAGAUGGGAAGAAAACUGGACACAAAAAACGACAAAGCCAGUAAUUGACCAAAAGAGCAAGCAAAAAUUAGUUCCCGGUUGGGCCUCAGCUUUCUAAGAAGUGUCCAGUAUUUGCUUCCAUGUGGCUGAAAGAGGAAGAGACUUAAACCAUAUGCAGGACCGGGGACACUUCCUGUCCACCACUCCGCCCUGUAGUCUCUGCAUGCCCUUUUCCUGCGUUCAGCAGAACAAUUGUGGCAUCCUGAGUCACACCGAUGCCACGUUACUCUCGGGCCUCUGAAACUUACCACACAGUUCAGUGGCCUGAAUGUCCAUGAAGGUUUUCCUACUAGGCAUCCCCUUGAGUUAUUCGGACUGAUUUCAAGGUCACUGAGCCUCAUAAAUUUCUUUUUUCUUGU